UAAAAGACUUCAAAAACCAGCAUAAAGGACAAAAGUGAAGUCCAAUCCGACUGACCCAGCCCCAAUUGAAUUACAGGUAACAGAGCAACGACUUUUUAAGCUUUAACCGUUGAAUCUCCAGAUUUUCAGUUCUCACAAUCUCAGCACGAGAUCUAAGGGAAAUCAGACAUGGAAAAGGUGAAGGAACUCCUGCAACUAGACAAAGAAGCAGAGGAGACAGUGUCACGACUCACUAUUCACCCCCACCGAGUCGGUUACGAGCGUAGCUUCUACAACGAUUUCGGCUUACGCGGCAUCCGUGUCGACAAGGUCGAGCCUGGCUUCGUUUCCUGCACUUUCAAAGUUCCUCCUCGCCUCACCGAUAAAAAUGGAAAUUUAGCAACGGGAGCAAUUGCGAAUAUUGUGGAUGAAGUCGGUGGGUCAGCGGUCUUUGUUAUUGGUGUUCCUAUGAAAGUUUCAGUGGAUAUGUCCAUUUCGUUUCUGGGAACUGCUAAGCUCGGUGAUGAGCUAGAGAUUACCUCAAAGGCAUUAGGAGAAAGAGGAGGAUAUGCAGGAACACUUGUUCAUAUCAGAAACAAAGCAACAGGGGAGUUAAUUGCCGAAGGUCGUCAUUCCUUGUAUGGUAAUGAAUCUAGCAAACUCCUGUUUGGUAAUCAAUCUAGCAAACUCUAGUCCACUGCUGGAUGCCGUACUAUUUUACUAAACUCAAUGCUUUCUUGGAAGCAUGGCAUGUGAUAUGAGUUAUUGUAACUUGUUGGAUGCCAAUCCGAUAUAUUAUAUGCAAAAUUUUAUAUGAGAAAGAUAUGUAAAUUUAUUUUAUUUAGAAUUAUCCUAAACUUAUUUAUAAAAAGAUUAUAUUUUGUUGAUUAA